AAGUUCAACGUCACGACUUUUCACCAACCAUGUCUCUCCCUCAGCCUGUUCCCCCGUCCUGGAAGGAUCUCGGUAAAUCCUCCAACGACCUCUUGGGUAAGGAUUUCCCCAUCAACGGAACCCAGCUCGAGGUCAAGACCUUGACCCCUUCCAAUGUCGCGUUCAAGGUUGCGGGUAACCAGGACCCCAAGUUGAACGUCAUCAACGCCGACAUUGAGGCUAAGUACACCGACAAGGCUCACGGCCUCGUCAUCACUCAAGGAUGGACUACCGCCAACUUACUCCGAACCCAAGUUGAGGCCGAGAACCACCUUGCCAAGGGUCUUAAAUUCGACCUUUCCACGUCUCUCCUGCCCGACAGUGGAAAGAAGACUGCUCUCUUCAACACCGCCUACAAGCAGCCAGGUCUCCACACCCGCGCUUUCCUUGAUCUCUUCAAGGGCCCCACCUUCACCGCUGACACUGUCAUCGGUCGUGAUGGUUUCCUGCUCGGUGCUGAGGCGUCUUACAACGUCACUGAGGGCAAGAUCACUCGUUAUGCUACCGCUGUCGGCUUCAGCGCGCCUGAAUACGCUGUUACUGUCCACGGUCUCGGCAACUUGAGCACUUUCGCUGCGAGCUACUAUCACCGUGUUAGCCCCGAUGUCGAGGCCGGUGCGAAGGCUAUUUAUGACACCAAGGCCACCACUCAGGGCGUCAGCCUUGAGGUCGGUACCAAGGUCUACCUUGAUGCUGCUGCCUUCGUCAAGGCCAAGAUCAACAACGCUGGUGUCCUUGCUGUUGGUUACACCCAGGCGCUCCGUCCCGGUGUCAAGGCUUCCUUCGGUGUUGCCAUUGAUACUCAACGGUUGAACGAGGUUACCCCUACUGGCCCUGCACACAAGGUUGGUGCCAGCUUCACCUUCGAGGGAUGAAAAAUGUAUUGUAUAAUUGGCAUUGCUUUGAACGUUUUCGUGUUAGCAUAGUACGUAGCUCUAAAACUCUAAAUGCGCCUGCUAUACUACAUUUUCGUGAAUUGAAGUUGACUGUUCAAACAUCCGGUUACUAUCAUUGCGUCUACAUGGAAAUAUGACGUCAUUUCGCACGGAACGGAAAUUGCGAGCGCUCCUGCAGCAUUACUCGGUAUCAAUAACUCAAGCUGGUCCAGGCGAGAGCUGAAGCUGGAAUGCCAAGUCACCUACGUUAUAAACAGGCAUACUUACUGUGCUUCUACAUCUGCUUGAGUCUUGUGAUUAUGGGGAUGAUGAAGUUUCCCUUAUCUAUCUUCAUUGUUCUCACUGC